GACGUCUAGGCGGAACCAUUUCUUCGUCAGGUCCAGAUUCCGCACGGAACCUUUGUAAAGGUGACACUCGCACGGAGCCGUGCGGCGGUGGUUCUGAUUCGUGGAUGAAGGUUGGUUCUUCCGUCCCGCUUUCUCCGAUUUCCCCGCGAAUAACCGACGCAGCCAUGCAAGAGCUGGGUGACGAGUUUGGGGGGAUGACGCCCCAACAGCUCGCUGCUCCCGUCAACACAGUCCAGGAAAAAUGGAAACUUUUGCCAGCUUUCUUGAAGGUGAAAGGGCUGGUGAAGCAGCACAUUGACUCUUUCAACUAUUUCAUUAAUGUCGAGAUCAAGAAGAUUAUGAAAGCAAAUGAGAAGAUCACAAGUGAUGCUGAUCCGAUGUGGUACCUCAAAUACCUCAAUAUCUAUGUCGGUAUGCCUGAUGUUGAAGAGAGCUUCAACGUAACAAGACCUGUCUCGCCUCAUGAGUGUCGUCUCAGAGACAUGACCUACUCAGCGUCCAUCACAGUGGACAUAGAGUACACUCGAGGCAGCCAGAGAAUCAUUCGAAAUGCCUUGCCCAUCGGAAGGAUGCCCAUCAUGCUGCGCAGCUCAAACUGUGUCCUGUCAGGAAAGACGCCCAUGGAGUUCUCGAAGCUCAAUGAAUGUCCCCUGGAUCCUGGGGGAUAUUUCAUUGUGAAAGGUCAAGAAAAGGUCAUUUUAAUCCAGGAACAGCUGUCCAAGAAUCGCAUCAUUGUGGAGCAGGACAGGAAAGGUGCAGUUGGAGCUUCUGUUACGAGCUCCACCCACGAGAAGAAGAGUAGAACUAAUAUUAUUGUCAAGCAGGGCAGAUUCUACCUGAGACACAACACACUGUCAGAAGACGCCCCCAUCGCCAUUAUAUUCAAGGGCAUGGGCGUUGAAAGUGACCAGGAGAUAGUGCAGAUGAUUGGCACAGAGGAACAUGUCAUGGCAAGCUUUGCCCCCAGCCUGGAAGAGUGCCAGAAGGCCCAGAUCUUCACCCAGACUCAGGCGCUAAGAUACCUGGGAAAUAAAGUGCGCAGACAGCGUAUGUGGGGAGGCCCCAAGAAGACCAAAAUGGAGGAGGCUAGAGAGCUUUUGGCUUCACUUAUCCUCACACAUGUGCCUGUCAAGGAGUUUAACUUCAGGGCCAAGUGUAUUUACCUUGCUGUGAUGGUGCGCAGGGUGAUCUUGGCCCAGGGGGACAACAAGGUGGAUGACAGAGACUACUAUGGAAACAAGCGUCUAGAGCUGGCUGGACAACUCCUGUCUCUGCUGUUUGAGGAUUUGUUCAAGAAGUUCAACUCCGAACUGAAGAAGAUUGCAGACCAGAUCAUUCCCAAGCAGAGGGCUGCUCAGUUCGAUGUAGUCAAGCACAUGCGUCAGGACCAGAUCACCAAUGGAAUGGUCAACGCUAUAUCUACGGGGAACUGGUCCCUAAAGAGAUUCAAGAUGGACCGUCAGGGCGUGACUCAGGUCCUGUCUCGCCUGUCCUUCAUUUCCGCCUUGGGUAUGAUGACCAGGAUCUCCUCCCAGUUUGAGAAGACCAGGAAGGUCAGCGGGCCGCGCUCCCUGCAGCCCUCCCAAUGGGGCAUGCUGUGCCCCUCCGACACCCCUGAAGGAGAGGCCUGUGGUCUGGUGAAGAACCUGGCCCUGAUGACCCACAUCACAACAGACAUGGAGGACGGUCCCAUCAUCAAGCUGGCCUUCAACCUUGGGGUGGAAGACGUCAACCUGCUGUGCGGAGAGGAACUUUCUUACCCCAGUGUUUUCCUUGUCUUCCUCAAUGGUAACAUCCUAGGUGUGAUCAGAGAUCACCACAAGCUGGUAAGCACCUUCAGGCUCAUGCGCAGGGCAGGCUUCAUCAACGAGUUUGUGUCCAUCUCCACCAACCUGUCAGAUCGCUGCGUCUAUAUCUCCUCUGAUGGCGGCCGCCUGUGCAGACCAUACAUCAUCGUGAAAAAAGGACAGCCGAUGGUGCAAAACCGACAUAUUGACGAGCUGUCGCAGGGCUACAGAACUUUUGAGGAUUUCCUUCAUGAAAGCUUGGUGGAGUACCUGGACGUAAACGAGGAGAACGACUGUCAGAUUGCCCUUUAUGAGCACACCAUAAACAAAGACACGACACACUUGGAAAUCGAGCCUUUUACUCUGCUAGGAGUUUGCGCUGGCCUCAUCCCCUACCCCCACCAUAACCAGUCCCCGAGGAACACAUACCAGUGUGCUAUGGGCAAGCAGGCCAUGGGUACUAUUGGCUACAACCAACGGAACCGCAUAGAUACUCUAAUGUACCUGCUGGCCUACCCCCAGAGACCCAUGGUGAAGACCAAGACCAUUGAGCUGAUUGACUUUGAGAAGCUUCCUGCGGGUCAGAAUGCCACUGUGGCUGUGAUGAGCUACAGUGGCUACGACAUAGAGGACGCGCUGGUCCUCAACAAGGCCUCUCUCGACAGGGGGUUUGGCAGGUGCCUUGUGUAUAAGAACGCUAAGUGUACCCUGAGGCGCUACACUAACCAGACCUUUGACAAGGUGAUGGGCCCCAUGCUGGAUGCUGCCACACGCAAGCCUAUCUGGAGGCACAGCAUCCUAGAUGCUGAUGGCAUCUGCUCCCCUGGUGAGAAAGUGGAAAACAAGCAGGUGUUGGUGAACAAGUCCAUGCCAACAGUCACCCAGACACCACUGGAGGGCAGUACCCAGCCAGGCCAGCCCCAGUACCGAGACGUGCCUAUCAGCUACAAGGGCUCAACAGACUCCUACAUAGAGAAGGUGAUGAUCUCUUCCAAUGCGGAGGACGCUUUCCUCAUCAAGAUCCUCCUCAGGCAGACCAGGAGACCGGAGAUAGGAGACAAGUUCAGCAGUCGGCACGGACAAAAAGGUGUGUGUGGCCUAAUAGUUCCACAAGAAGACAUGCCGUUCUGUGACUCGGGCAUCUGUCCAGACAUCAUCAUGAACCCUCAUGGAUAUCCUUCCAGAAUGACGGUGGGAAAGCUGAUCGAACUGCUGGCAGGGAAGGCGGGCGUCCUGGAUGGACGGUUUCACUACGGCACCGCCUUCGGUGGGAGCAAAGUGAAGGAUGUGUGUGAGGAUCUCAUCCGUUAUGGAUACAACUACCAGGGCAAGGACUACGUCACUUCUGGGAUCACUGGAGAACCAUUGGAGGCAUAUAUCUACUUCGGACCAGUGUAUUAUCAGAAGCUAAAGCACAUGGUCCUGGACAAAAUGCAUGCCAGAGCUCGCGGACCGAGAGCUGUUCUCACCAGGCAGCCCACCGAGGGGCGCUCCAGAGACGGCGGUCUGCGUCUGGGAGAGAUGGAGCGUGACUGCCUGAUUGGCUACGGAGCUAGCAUGCUACUGCUGGAGCGCCUCAUGAUCUCCAGUGACGCCUUCAAAGUUGACGUGUGUGGACAGUGUGGCUUGCUGGGAUACUCAGGAUGGUGUCACUACUGUAAGUCGUCCUGUCAUGUGUCCUCCCUGCGUAUCCCCUACGCAUGCAAGCUGCUUUUCCAGGAGCUGCAGUCUAUGAACAUUGUGCCACGCCUCAAACUAGCACGGUACAACGAGUGAACUGGACGUGGGACCGGUUAAGGUUUGUGCGAAAGCCACCAGUAAAGAGGAUCUGAGUUGAAAAGUCAAAAACGAGUUAAGUACGACAAGCUUUUACAGCGCUGAAGAUGAGCCAAAGCUGUAAAAAUGAACAUUUCCGUUUUAUUUUUUAGUUAUUGUUUUUUUUUAAACCAAAAAAUUAUUAAAAGAAAUCAUGUUUUUUUUUUAUAGUGUUUAAAAGUUUGUUUUCUUGUGUGUGUGCACAAUAAACUGAAUAUUUAUG